AUGUCUGAUACUUCAGAUACCUCAAAUGCGGGUCCUAAGUGGAACUAUGAAUUUAUAACUUCAGGAGCUCCAAGACAACCAAAUGAAGGUGCUUUUAAAUAUAAUUUACGAAAAUUGUUUACAGUAAAAUCAUGGGAAAGCUUGGAGCAAGAUCAACGAAUGUCCGAGCUUAGAAAAGAGUUGAAUGUCUUUGAAUUGAUUAUGAUUGGCUUAGGCAGUAUAAUUGGGACUGGAAUAUUUGUUUUGACAGGUCAAGUUGCUGCGACUAAGGCGGGCCCUGCCGUCGUUAUAUCUUUUUUAUUGGCUGGACUGGCUGCUAGUUUUGCUGCGUUAUCUUAUUCUGAGUUAGCCUCGAUGAUUCCAAUGUCAGGUUCAUCAUAUACUUAUACGUAUACAACUAUGGGUGAGCUUAUAGCUUGGAUCAUCGGUUGGGAUUUAACUUUGGAAUAUUUGGUGGGUGCUGCUACGGUGUCUGUUGCUUAUUUCAAUGUUCCUGCCUUUACUAUCGUAGUUCUUUUGACUACUCUACUCGUUUUAGGAGUUAAAGAAUCAGCAAGAGUUAAUGCAAUUGUUGUCAGUGUAAAAGUUGUAGUUAUAAUAUUAUUUGUUAUUGCAGCUGGAUCUUAUAUCAAGCCAGAAAAUUACCAACCAUUUGUUCCACCAAAUGAAGGAACAUUUUCCAGAUUUGGUGUUACUGGAAUAUUAGCAGGGACUAGUGUCGUGUUCUUUGCAUUUAUCGGAUUUGAUUCGAUUUCAACUAUUGCACAAGAAUCUAGAAAUGCACAAAGAGAUAUGCCAAUUGCGAUUAUGGGCACAUCAUACAAGAAACUUGAUAGCGCUGCGCCAAUAGCUGUAGCUGUAAGUGAAACAGGAAUGAAAUGGUUAGGAAUUAUUGUGGAUCUUGGUGCAGUAUGUGCAGCUGCGCUGUUCCCAAUAGAUGUACUCGCCGAAUUAACAUCAGUUGUACCAGGUGGACCAUUUUUAAUCCCUCUGACAGGUGCUGCAUUAACUUUAUUAAUAUUGGCAACGGCAUCACCUGCAACUAAUAAUCAACAGUCGAUAGAUAAAGAGCAAGGCAUGGAGAUGAUGCCUACAAACGAAGUCAGAGAGCAAAGUGAAGACGCAGAGACAA